CAAAAGUUGUGCGACGAAAACAGGAGAGGCAUUUGACCUUUUGAAAGCUGUAAAGCAGUUCUCUAUGCUUUCGGCGCUGACUCCAUUAUGCCGGUGCUCCUAAAGGAUCGGCAUGGAGAGCCCUUGUGCGGGGAAAAGCGCGAUUCUCCACGCGGUAACGACCCGCCUCCAUCUUACCAAGAUCAUGUUACGUCGUCAACGGGCUUGUGCUAGCGAGAACAACGGGUGAGAGCAAGAAAAAGGUUAGGCUCUGGUUACCAGGUCCGGGGUCAUACGAACGCACUACUUAUGAUCCCCAGCUUCUCCCCAGCUUUCAGAGCUCCACCUCUCCGCAAAGCUCGUCAAUCUACCUCUUAACUUGAGCAUCAAAGCGCAGGUCCAAGAUGAAGAUCACUUUCCUCUCAGCAGUGUUCGCGGCGACUGCCAUUGCGGCACCGUCCAACUACCCGACCAACACUACCUCCGGUCCUGAUGAGAAUGGCAAGUACGAGAUAUCUGCCAAAGGCAUCCGUGGGCAGUUCAUUCCCUACGGUGCGUCCAUCACCAACCUUUUCAUUAAGGGUAAGGAUGGCGUAGAGCGCGACGUCGUGCUUGGCUACGACAAUGCCUCGUACUACUCGGUAGACCCAGUUCACCCUCACUUUGGAGGUGUACCUGGACGCUACGCAAACCGUAUCAAGAACAGCACGUUCAACAUUGACGGCGUUGACUACCACAUCACGCCCAAUGAGAACGGCGGUGCUGACACACUGCACGGUGGUCUUGAUGGAUGGGAUUGGCGCAACUUCACAGUGGUCGCACACACUGAGUCUUCGAUCACUUUUUCGAUUGUUGACCCUGAUGGCAAGGAGGGCUUCCCUGGCGAGGUCAUCAGCUACGUCACCUACACCAUGUCUCCCAACACCUGGAACAUCAAGAUCGUUGCUCUUGCGACUACCAAGAAGACACCCAUCAUGUUGACCUCGCACACCUACUGGAACUUGGAUGGUUUUGCCAACCCCGACACUCCUACUGCGCUCAACCACACCCUGUACCUGCCCUACUCCGGCCAGCGUGUUGGUGUUGACAACAUUCUGAUUCCUGAUGGCACCAUUCUUCCUAACGAGAAGUACUCCGUCAACGACUUCUGGUCCUCUCCCAAACAGAUUGGCGCCAACCUCACAGCAUCUGAGCUUCUCGGCAACUGCGGUUACAACUGCACUGGCUACGACAACUGCUACGCUGUCAAUCGAGACCAGAACGGUCCCUUUAACUGGCGCACCUCAGGUCCUGUCGCUUCUCUGUCUAGCGCAUGGUCCGGCAUCAAAGUUGACAUCUUCACCGACCAAGAGGCAUUCCAGGUCUACAGCUGUGGUGGCCAGAACGGCUCUCUUCCUAUCAAGUCCACUCAGGGUCUUGACAGUCGCAGCCGCACUGUUGAGAAGUAUGGCUGCGUCGUCAUGGAGGUCCAGGACUACAUUGAUGCCAUCAACCAGCCCGAGUGGCAGCGUGAGAAGAGGCAGAUUUUUGGUCCCAACGACCCUGCCUACACUCUCGAGGCUGACUACGUCUUCUCUACUGAGGGCUAGACUUACAACACUGUUUGUGUGCAUGUUUCACCGGGCUCGCGGCCAGUGACCUGCCAUCAAUCUAAUAUCUAAUGACAUUCGAAAUCAU